CGUCCUGGGAGGGGGAUAACGAGGCAAGGAGGACCCCAUAUUUCUGUUGUUUCCCCUCUAACAUAACUUCCCGUUUUCUUUUUCCAGCUGGAUCAAAUGAGAAGGACAGUCUCUGCAAAGUUCACCUGCUGGCCCGGACUAUCCAGGGGACAGCCAGCUCUGAAAAUGGCAGUUUCGACUACGACCAAUCCUGGAUAUGUGCUUUAGGUAACCUGCCCUCGCUCCAGCGUCGACAUGUGGCCAUCGCCAGGCUGAAACACCCGGCCAACAUGGGCAGGACUAGCAAACAGGUCAAGCUUUUCAUCCUGGUCCUGUGCCCCAGCAAGGAGAAAGGCACCAAGAACUCGCUGGAGACCGGGCGGACCUUCGCUACAAUCUUCGCCGAUAUGGACUUUCGACAACGACUCCUGGAAGCCUCCAACGAAGAGGAAUUCAAGCGAUUGAUCAUCAAACACUCCCAGGAGCUGGCCGAGGAGCAGCAGAUGAGCAACGACAAGCGUAUCGAGAUGAACCAUGAGCGGGCUGAUGAGUUCGAAUAUCAAGAGAAGCGGUGUUCCUUCGCCCGGGGCUUGCGGGAGGAUCUGGAACGGCGAAUGCCCCACUACCUGUCUGACUACAAGGAUGGAGUCAUCGGCCACAAAACGCUACAGAAGGUCAUAUCUACCACCUUCUUCCUCUACUUCGCCUGCAUCCUACCCGCCAUUGCCUUCGGUGUCCUCAAUGACCACAACACGCACGGGAAAAUAGAUGUUAAGAGAGUGAUAAUUGGUCAAGUGAUUGGGGGCGUGUUCUGGGGACUGUUUGCUGGCCAGCCCCUCCUCAUCCAACUCACCACAGCUCCCCUCGCCAUCUACAUCAAGAUUAUAUUUUACAUCUGUGAAGACUUCAAGCUGGACUUCAAUGCAAUGUACUGUUCAGUGGGGCUAUGGAACAGUUUCUUCUUGGUGAUGUACUCGUUGUUUGACGUGUCUCGCCUCAUGCGGUGGUCCACACGCUCUACUGAGGAGAUAUUCGCUCUCUUUAUAUCCAUUGCCUUCUGUAAUGACGCCUUCUCAGCUGUCGGUAAAAAUUUUGAUGCAAACUACUACAGUCCGGCGUGUCAAGGCGUCACCAACAGCACCAAUUACACCUCGUAUACCAUAAGUACCCCAUCAGCCUACACGGUCUUAGGCAACUAUUCAGAUAUUUAUUCAACACCCAGCAUCCCAGGAGAAGGCAACGUUACCUUGACCCUUGUGCAAGAUGUCUGUACGAGAGAGAAUUCGAUCCUCUACCUUCUGCUCAUGUUUGGCACUCUCUGGCUUGGCGUGAUGCUCUACAACUUUAACAAGACACCGUACCUGAACGCCAAUAAGCGCGAGGCUCUGGCUGACUACGCUCUCCCUGUUGCUGUUAUCGUCUUGUCUUUCAUCGGGUCAUACGUCUUCCGUGACGUCAAACUUGAGUCUAAAAUGGAACACUUUCGGUAUGACAACAGUUAUGAUAUGUUCAAAUUGCCGCCACUGGAGACGUUGCCAUACCCAGCCGUCUUCGCCACCAUGGGCAUGGGCUUCUCACUAUCCAUGCUCUUCUUUAUGGACCAAAACAUCGGCUCGGCGAUGGUCAACAAUCCAUGCAAUAAACUGAAAAAGGGUCCAGCCUACCACUUAGACCUCCUAGUGGUGGCAGUAAUGAAUGGGUUCCUCUCCCUCUAUGGAUUGCCUUGGAUGCAUGCGUGCCUACCACACUCGCCUCUACAUGUCCGCUCCCUUGCUGAUGUUGAAGAGCGUGUUGAGCAGGGACAUGUAUAUGAAAUAAUUGUAAAGGUGCGAGAGACCCGGUUGACUGGACUCUUCUCCAAUAUCCUCAUUGGGUUAUCCAUCUUCUUGUUACCAUACCCACUGGCCUAUAUUCCGACGGCGGUACUGGACGGCCUCUUCCUUUAUAUGGCUGUUACGGCACUUAAUGGCAAUCAAAUGUUUGAGCGCAUUUCACUCCUUUUUAUGGAACAGGCAGCAUAUCCACCUAAUCACUACAUCCGGCGUGUCCCUCAGCGCAAAAUUCACAAGUUCACAGGACUCCAAGUUGUCCAGUUGCUAGUAAUGUGCUCCUUAGGGUUUGCUCCCUGGCCCUAUCUCAAGAUGAUGUUCCCAGUCGCUCUUCUUCUCUUACUACCUAUUAGGCACAAGUUAGUUCCAAUGGUAAUUGAAGAUAAAUACCUGGCAGCACUUGAUGGUGAGCAUCAGUAAAGAUGCCAGCAUCCUCAUCUCCUUCAUGUGAGCCUUCACAAAUUCUUGUGAUCGGUGUGAAGCCGCAUUGAUUGCAAGAGCUUCACUCGUUCACAAUGUUUGGGCAACUACCAUCAACUUCGCAUGAUCUCGGUGACCUCGUGUGACCUUCAUCUGUAAAUGACCUCACCAGCAGAAAUUAUGAUUAAAGUGUAAAGACUUGUGACUUGGAUGAUAUCAUGUGUUCUACAGAUACAAUCAUUAAGUGGUUAGCAAACCUCAUAGUCAGUGGGUGUAGCUCACUACUGCAUAAUCAGUUUGUAAACAAUGCAUAGCCUGUUUUAGUAAAUUUUAUGAAACGUUCAUGUGGGAUGAUAAAUGCGCACACACACACAUACAUGCACACAUACAUGUACAGUAUUAUAUAUAAUACAUGAGAAUGUGUGCGCCUGCCUAUCCAAGGAUGGAAAUCUGAUGCUUCGGGCUAACUUCUCCCAAUGGUACCAAGAUGAAGAAGUGAGGGUGUGGGAGUGUCAUAGGUCAGCUGGGGUCAAUCCGUGUCGUACUUUAAGACACAUCAACAUCUAUCGAGAACCACUUCCCUGAAGUGUUUAUCAUCUGAAAUUAAAUCGAGGGUUGUGUUUUCCAUAGAAUUUUGAUAUUUUAUGCUUAUUAGAGACAGGUAUCUCUCACACCACAUUACUGAAUGUCCAUUCAUUACACCUUCAAAUCUGCUGGUAUGAGGUACCUGGAGAUUUGAAAAGGGAGGAUGAAGGGGGGAGAAGGAGAGAGUUGAAGAAAGGUCAAGAGAGUGGGAGAGCGAAACAGAGUUGAGAGAGGUGACAUACGGGUGCAGAGAGAUGAUGUCAUUGGGGAGAAUGGGUGAGAGGAGAGAUGGUGGGGAGAUGGGGAAGAGAGGAGGGGGUAGGGGAAGGGACACGAGAGUGGGGGAGAGGGAGGGGAAGGUGGGAGAGAGAGAACUGUGCACAGCCAGGGGUGUAUUCGCCUACUUGUGCUUGUGGGGGUCGAGCUUCAGCUCUUUGCUCCUGCCUCUCAACUGGUGUACAGAUUCCGAGCCUAUUGGGCUAUCAUAUCGACAUUUGAAACUGUGUAUGGAGUCAGCCUCCUCCAUAUCGCUGCCUAAUGCAUUCCAUUUGUUAACUACUCUGACACUGGAAAAAAAAUUCUAAUGUCUCUGUGGCUUAUAUGAAACUUAUAUAUCAGUUUUCAGCUGUUCCCCCUUGAGCAAGUACCACCUGUGUUAAAUUAUAUCUUUGUCCACCCUAUCAAUUCCCAUGAGAACUUUGUAUGUGGUGAUCAUGUCUCCCUUAAUGCUCGUCUUCCAGUGACAUGAGGUUUAAUUCCAAUAGUCAUAACUCAUACCCUUCAGCUUGGGUACUAAUCUGGUGGCAUACCUUGAAUGUUCUCCAAAUUAAUCCUCUGCUUGACUAGAUAUGGACUCCGUGCUGGAGCUGCAUACUCCAGGACUGGUCUGACAUACGUGUUGUACAGGGUUCUAAAUUAUAUCUUACACAGGUUUCUAAAAGCAGUUAUUAUGUUGGCCGAUCUAGCAAAUGCCACUGAUGAUAUCCUCUUGAAGUGGACUUCAGGGGACAGGUCUGGUGUGAUAUGAACUCCCAAAUCUUUCUCUCUUCCCGAUUCUUGAAGGCUAUCAUCUCCCAAAUGGUACCUUUUAUCAGGCCUCCUGCUCCCUAUGCCUAUUUUCAUUACUUUCUACUUGCUUGAAUUUAAUUCAAUCCAUUUGUUGGACCAUUCCUUCAGCAUGUCCAGGUCAUCUUGUAGUCCCUUGCUGUCCGCUGUCUUAAUCAUUCUCAUAAUUUUAACCUCGUCAGCAAACAUUGAGCAGAAUGAGUCUAUACUCUGGAAAAUUAUUUAUGUAUAUCAAACAAACUGACUACAGAACCCUGUGGGACUCCACUGGUGACAUCUUGCCAUUCUGAGGUCUUGCCCCUCACAGUAACUGCUUUAACUUUACCUUUAUCCUGGACCAGGUAAAGCUAACAACACUGAGAAAUAGUUUGAAAAACUUUGGCUGCAGCAAGUCUUUUUCCUAGUGACAGAAACAUUAGAAGCUGAAAGAUGAGUAGAUAGAUUAUAAUGAUGCCCCAAAUUUUCAAAACAUGACUAAUGACAAAAUAAAUAAUUACAAAAAAACAAAAAAACAGGAGCAAAAUCAUGGUGAGGAUGACAAGGAAGAGGAAGUGAACAAGGAAGCGUUAAACGAAAAUGGUAACGUGGACGAGUACAGCUCGGUUGUUCUCGACUCACUGUAAGGAAUCCCGGGGUUCAAAUCCCAGGUGGGACAAAUGGUUGGGCUUGUUUCUUUUCACCUAAUGCUCCUGUUCAUCUAACAGUAAAUAGGUACCUGAGAGUUAGCCAAGUAUUGUGGGAACGUUGAUCUAAGCCAUGUAAUGUAAUGUAAUGAUAAUGUAAUGAUACAUGUGUGUGAGAAAAAUAAAUUUCACAAAAAUGUUAAAUACAGUAAUGCUAAAAAUUCCAUGGAAAACAAUUACCCAAUUUCAGACUUCAUCAAAAUUGCAAGGAAAAGGAAGUAACAUUUCUUAAGAAGGGAUGGGAUGGGGAAGGAAUGUGGCAAACCCCCAACUAGCUUAUGACAGUCACAAUCCCCAUAUGUGUCUUCUUAAAAAGUUGGGUGAAGCUGCCCAAAGUGUUUAGCCUUCAGCCUUGGAGAGACACGCACACAAACAUACAUGUGGAGUUCCGUCUUCCAUAUACGGUGAUCUUUGUCACAUGAUAUUUUCAAGUUCCUAUUGAUCUUGGCCUACACUACUACUAAUUUAAUUUUUAUUAAAUUGAUCUACACCUCUAUUUGUGAAAGGCAAUUUGCAUGCUUUUCUGGAACAUUUGUUUUCUCAAGUUUCAAUCUAUGGUCUCCUGUUAUGGAAGCUGUGGGUUUCAAAGAUUCCGCCCUAUCAGUUUUGUCAAUUCAUCUUGAUUUUAAAUCUGGUGAUCACAUCAGCGCUCUUGUUUGUCUACUAUUCAUAUGUUCUUACUAGUUGAAACAUGCCUGAACUAGUAGGCAGAAGGAAGAGGGGAGGGGGUGAUACGAUCGACAUGUACAAAUUGCGAUAGGAAUCUGCAAAAUUUUAAUGUCAUUUUUCGCAAAUGCAACUGAGAACAAGAGACCAUUUAUAAAAUCAGAGAACGAGGUGUCAAAAACAAGAAAUGAAAAUGUUCGUUUGCAAUUUGUGUUAAAGGAAUAAAGUAAAUGAAAAUACUUUCUCAAAAUUAUAAGGAAGACAGGACAUCAUAUGCUUAACACUUAUCCUGCAACAAUAUUUAGGUAAUUAAGCAAACAUAUGCACCACAUAUACACAUUAGAUAAUUACAAAUACACAUACAUUUAUAAACACAAAUGCACACCCAACAUGUACAUAAUAGACAAAACUCACCCAUACUGGACCCACAAGCACACGAGGUGGCCCACGCCACUCAGACGCCCGGAUGCAAACCUCUCUUCUCACAUGGGCAUCGUGGGCGGCCUCAUGGCGAAUCUUGUGAGGUGAACUGUUAAAUGCAAAUAAUAAUGAUUCUCCAAGUUUUACGCAAGUGUACUAGCGAUGCGCACAAAACCAUUCUACAGCUUCCCUACAGGCUGCUGCUGCCGCCAAUGUAAUGGACAAUCCCCUACACAUUGUGUGGUAGACACUGGGCGAGCACAAUUGAGGGUCGGCUGUAGCUGUAUGGGCAGCGCCUGCAGGAGAAGCUGUUGCAAGACCUCCUCCCACCCCAUUUCCUUACUAAAGUCAACCUAUGCAUCCUUAUGCUAUUUUCCCUCCACCCACAUCUUUUCAUUCCACAGCACCAUUGAUUUUCAGAUCCAUAUAUUAGCCUUGACUUCAGAUUUCCAGGGCAACCCCCUUCCCUACCUUUGUCCUCCCGCUUUUACUUUGUACAGUAACUUGUUAAGAUGACCACGGGUGGCUCAUAAUGUUCACUCGUGCAAAGUUUAGAUCCCAUGGAUCCUGGUGAACCUGGUCAACCCCCGACUAUGAUGUAGAUGUGGCUCGAGGGGGGGCACCCCUACCCUCUUCCGUCUGCUCAAUAUUUCCAUCGUACACCUCCUUCAACCACUCAUGUACCUUCCCACACAUUUGUUCUAAUACCUUUCUUACAUUUGCUUCAUUUAUAUUUUUCUAGCAUUUCAUAAUUUAGAUGAACCUCCAAUUGGCCUCAACUUUACAUUUUUAAAGGUUGAAAAUUCCUCACUAAUGCUCCAGAUUGACCUUCCAAGCAGCUGUACUUUAAAAUUAAUACAAGGUCUUCUGUCAUCUUAAAAUGUACAUCGUGGCGUAAUUGGCAUUCAUGUCAGCUUAGCCGUUUAAUUGUGCAAGUGAUCAAUUUCUUAAAUGCUUUAAUUAUGUUUUCCCAAUGCUCAAAUUAUUUUCCUAAUAAAAUCUAAAAAUGGGUUAAUAACAACAGUAUUGUUUUUUGUAAUUGUUUCUCAAAUGUUUAUAGUUGAAAACUGUAAUUUACUUUUUCUUCGACUGUAUCUGAUCUAACAUCUAUGAAUUUAUUUUUAACCCCUAAAGUGUGGCUAUGAUUAAGGGCACCUUUCUACCAAUGCACAAAAAAUAAAAAUAUGAAUGAAAGAUACAAUUGCAUCCAAAAAAAGUGUCAGGAAAAUGCACGAAACAAA